GCUACACACAGGCGCCCUUUGAAACCGACGGAGUAACAUAUCAUAUUUACCGUCCCCUUGGCCCAUAUAGCAGCCUUCUCUGCCAUAUCUACACGUGAUCACGCGUACCACGAACGCGGUUGGAAGCCCGUGCCUUCAAUCAGGAGGGGACAAUUGGACUCCUGUAUCAGGCAUAAUAUAUCCGUCCUGGAACGAAAGUUAGGGGACAGCCCUAUGGGGGAUAAGAGCUUUAUGCCUUUUACUGGGCCACUUUUCCAAGGGAAACAAUUCUGGUUAUCACACAAUAUUCCCCAACGAAGUAGAUUCAAAGACCUCAUCCAGCAACAUGGUGGUGUCAUAAGGCUCCAUGAGAAGGAUGCGGAUGUCAAGUUGGUUGACCAUGCCAGAAAGAAUCUCCCACCGGACACGUAUUCGUAUCGGUACGUUGAGCGGUCUGUCCGUAACGGAAAGCUGGAGGAUCUUGAAAGUCACAGAGCUGGCCCAUCCCCAGCUCGCGCUGUCGGGGCCACAAAUAUCCCAAGCAGAAGACAUCUGAUUCCAUACACUUUAGAAGAUGACCAGUGGCUAUGGGACCGGAUGGAACCGUACGAGAAAGAUCCCAACGCCUUCAUAGGAGGCAACAAAAUAUAUGAGGAACUAGCUAUGCAGAACCCCCGCCACACCUAUCAGUCAUAUCGUGACCGGUAUCUAAAAAGGCUUCGUGGGCGCCCGCGUCCGGGGGGUAUGUCGAAACCAGAUCUUCCUGCAUCCGCUGAGAAGGACAGCCGCCAGAAAGCCACACAGAGAGAGAAAUCCUCACCGAGGUCACAUAGAGAGCAACCCCAAGACGAUAUUCCAGUUAUUCAUGAGCUAGGCGAUAAGAAACGAAAACAUACGCCAGAACACAACUCUGAUAUCGAAUUAAAUGGAGUGCACCUUGCGAGUCAAAAGAGGAGAGCGAUCGACAAGAUACCCAAAGGCUUAGUUCCCACUAUGAUACAUGCACAACAGAACAAAUCCCCACACAUUGAAACGACUUCAACACCCGCAACUUCAGUUGGUAAUGAGACACAUAUAACUCACGACCCUACAACGAACAUAUCCGAACCUGUACAACCCCAAAAAGCAAAGUCCCCAGACCAUGAUCCAGAAAUCACCCUUGAUCCCUUGUUUUUAGAACUGCCUUUCUUGCCGUCAAGUCCAGACCCCGAGCCUGAAGAGCCGCCAGAGCAAGACAUCGACGCGUGGAUUGAUCAUCGUCUGCAAACAGGGAGAGCACAGAAUGAGGAGCAAAUACUUCAGGCUUUACGCUGCACUAGCAUGGACCCGUAUCUUGCCGACAAGGUCCUUGACUAUCUGACUGCAGGAGAAGGCAUUCCCAACAAUAUGCCUGGGGUGUGGACGGCUGAAGACGACAGAUGUUUCGAGGCUCAAGAGACCCGAACCAUCGAACAAGUCCUGAAGAAGCAUGGCUCGGAUGCAUUUAACCACCGGUGGGAAUAUCUUGGAAUGGCAAAAGCUGCUGGCCUCGAUGGGUCAGAUAGCUGAAAUUCUGACAGCAUACAUACAUCGAGCAGGCUUAAAGUACAAUAAUCAACAGUAAAUUACACUGUUGUUAGUUCAGAACGGUGUGAGGGUAUGGGAG